AUGAAACUUUCAAAAGGAUUAAUGUUGGUGUUUGCAAUCGUGGGGCUUGUUCUGGUUCUUUUGGCAGCAGCAGCUAUUAUUCUAGCAAAACUUCUGACAGAAGGUGGUUUAACAAAGGAGUCUACAGAGUCUCUACAUCAUGAGUUAAUGAACCAGACCUUGAUAAAUGGAGCUUGUGGCUCCAGACCUGCAUUAUCCAGUAGGAUUGUUGGUGGGACAAACUCUGUGAAUGGUGAAUGGCCUUGGCAAGUUAGUCUCCAAAUCGGAUCACAUGUCUGUGGUGCCUCCAUCAUCUCUGACAGAUGGCUCAUCUCUGCAGCUCAUUGUUUUCAGAAAGCAUUCGCCAACACUUCAAAAUGGAAAGCUUACAUGGGAUCAAUUUUUGUUGGACGUGGUAUAUCCAGAACCAUCAGUAAAAUCCACGUCCACCCUAACUAUAGCAUUCCAAUGAACUUUAACAAUGAUAUUGCAGUACUGGAGCUUUCUUCUCCUGUCAACUUCAAUAAGUUCAUCCAGCCAAUUUGUCUCCCAUCGAGUCGUGAAGUCAUCUCUGCUGGUCGAAAAUGCACAAUCACAGGAUGGGGAGCGCUUGCCUUUCAAGGCCCACCUGCAAAGAUCCUUCAAAAAGCAGAAGUGAAAAUUAUCAAUGACAAACGAUGCAAGCGUACCUUUGGAAACCAAAUUAGUGAUACAAUGCUGUGUGCUGGUAUCUUAGCUGGAGGAGUUGAUGCCUGUCAGGGUGAUUCAGGAGGUUCACUGGUUUGUCAGAGAUCAAAUAACACUUGGUUUCUAGCUGGGAUCGUGAGCUUUGGUAUUGACUGUGCAAGGCCAAAUAUCCCUGGAGUGUAUGCUCGUGUUACAGCUCUUAGAGACUGGGUGCAGCAGGAAACUGGAUUGUAG